UUUGUCAGGCUGAGGAAGCAUCUGUAGUUAGUGUGUGCUCUUCCUGGAUGGAAUGAAUAGUAUCAUGCACUUACUAAAAAGAAGUAAUUUAUGAAUAGUGUAGCACUUCUUUCAAACCAAAUAUCUCACACUUUAGUUUUUUCCUCUCCUGUACAAUAUUUAACUGCUUUGACCUAUGCAGGAAGACAUACAACCUCUCUGAAUAGGCAAAUUUCAUCUCAUGUAUCAGAGAAUUUAAUUCUUCUAAGACAGGUGCUUAUGUAUCUGAAGGCUCAAUGAAGCUGAAAGUUUGUGGUGUUUUUAACUACUAUUAAAUAUACAUGCUAUACUUUUGUGUAAUUAAAAACUUCCCAGAAAGGGAAAGAAAAAAAGAAAUCAAAGAGUGACAGUAUGUGUGAGCAGAAGAAAAAUAAAAAGGAAAUGGAGUUUGAGCAAAAACUUGCCAAAGAAAAAGAAGGGAUGUUGGAAAGAGAAAAACAGCUGAAAAUUAACCGGCUUGUACAAGAGGUCUCUGAGACAGAGAGAGAAGACUUAGAGGAAUCAGAAAAAGUGCAACACUGGGUAGAAAGACUUUGUCAGACACGGUUAGAACAAAUUUCCUCUGUGGAGAAUGAGUCUCCUGAGUUGACAAGUGGACGGUCUUCUGCUUCUCCUUCUGCCACAUCAAUGCGGAGGUUUGCAGGUGGCCUGCAGCUUCAUACCACAGAUCUUGAUGAUAUUAAUUUAGACGAGAUUGACAAGCCUAAGAAACGUGUCCCACCUCCCCCUCCGUCACCCCACACACCUUCUGCAUCAUCUGCAGCUCAUCCACUUCCUUCAUCAAAUGUUCCACUUUCAAGAGGCCCAACCCCCUCAUCCUCUGCAGCUUCACAGGUGACUUCAUCAUCUGCUUGGAUGCAUGUAUCCCAACCUCUUCGACCACCCCCACCUGCCCCCUUGUCUGCUCCGCCUAGUGAAUCUCUUCAUCCACCACCCAUCCUCUUAGAAGAAAGAGUGGGCAACCACAGCUACACUGGUGGCCCCACAGAGUUCUUGAAUGAAGCCAGAAACUACAAUGGAAGAUCUACUUUUGAUCCUGUUAGCUCUCAGAAUAGUGAACAGACAUACUUACAAAGUCCAAAGGUUUUAAGAAACACCUCUCAUGUCAGCAAAAUGACACCUGCAUCCAGCAGUUCACUGCAGUUUGCUCCAAGUCCACCUACCCAGCAUCGACCAGGGAUACCAGUAGUCUCUAAGCCAGUCAUGCUGCACCCUGAGUCUAAUUCUAUUGUCAGGCCAACAAUCAAAUCCGAGGCCCUGCCCCAAGAGAUGUUUAAAAGAAUGGUGGUUUACAAUUCAUCAUUUAGAUCUAACAAAAAACAAGUAAAAUAACAUUUUCCUUUUCCUUUGUGUGGUACUAACCCUUUCUUUCUCUCUUGUUUGUUGUUGCUUCCUUUGAGACCGAGGAUGGAAUACAGCCAUAAUGCAUGAAAACUAUGAGUCAGUGUAAUUUUCAUUGUGUGCAUGUACUUCUCAUCAGCCUAAACAAAAGCCAUAUAUGAAGAAUGAGGAAUGAGUAGAUAUUGUAGAACAAAUUCUUUUUUCAACCUGUCAUGUAUCGGCUGGUAAAUUUAAGAGGGUUUAGAGAGAGAAAACCGAAGGCAGAAUUGUACAGAUAGUCUACUGAUAUUUUCUGCUAGUUGCUUCUUUGUUCCAAACCCUGCUUGUUGUAAGAGUAGCAUUAUUUUUCCUGAGUAAAUGGAUAGCAUGCAUUAGUACUGUUAUUAGCUGACUGGGUUGUCUCUUAGAGCCUAAAGAUGGAAAAUACCUAUUAAGGCAUCUCUUUUGUCUCUUUUAUGGUACAAUAGUUUCCCUGUUAUGCUACUUCUAGUGCUUUAUUCUGUCCGAUGUUGAAUAAUAAUAAUUAAAUAAUAAAUAAAGUAACAAGGAAAGCUGUUCCAUUUCUUAAUAGAGUGUACUGUGAGGAAAGAGAUGCAUUUUAACUUCCUUGCUGCUGUUAAACGUGCCAGGUUGCAUAAAAUGCACCUU